AAAAAAAAAAAAGAAAGAAAGCCAGGGGGAAGAAGAGCGCGGGCCCAGCCUCCGAAGGCGUGGACAAAGCAAAGGCAGAAGUUGCUCCGCUUUUCUUUCUUUUGCAAGGAAGCCUAACCUAAACCGCCGAGGACUCUCGGUAGAAGACCAGCAACAAAAAGCGGGACGAGAGCGAGCACCCCGAUCGUCGGAAGGAGUCUCUUCCCCCCACCCCACUCUUCUCGGGUCCCCAACGGGUCUUUCCCUCGGCCUCGGCCUCCCCUCGCUCGGCAAGCCUCCUUUCUGCGGGUUUUGCAAGCCCCAAAGGACGCCCGGAGCUACUGGAGAUCAUCAUCAUCUUCAUCUUCAUCUUCAUCAUCAUCAUCAUCAGCGGCGGCGGCUCCAUGGAUCGGCUGGGCCGGACGGCGCUGAUCUGCGGUCUGUUGCUUCUUUUCCCGGGGCCGCCGCUGCCGAGCCUGGCUCAAGAGGAGCCGUCCUGCGGGGCCGCCUUCGACCUCUACUUCGUGCUGGACAAAUCAGGGAGCGUAACAACACACUGGUCAGAAAUUGUUGAAUUUGUGAAGCAGCUGACAGAAAGAUUUGUGAGCCCUCGGAUGAGAAUAUCCUUCAUCGUGUUUUCCAUGCAAGCAACUGUGAUUCUGCCACUAACCCAAGAUAGGCAACAAAUUCAGAGAGGCAUUGAAGAUUUACAGAACGUUAAGCCAGGAGGUGAAACAUAUAUGCACGAAGGAUUACAAAAAGCAAAUGAUCAGAUUGCAAAAGCAAAAGAGUCCAGCAGUGUCAUCAUUGCCUUGACAGAUGGAAAGUUGGAAGGCUUGAUCCCACUGUAUGCAAAAAAAGAGGCAGAUAAUGCCAGGUCCAUGGGAGCUAGAGUUUACUGCGUUGGAGUCCUCAAUUUUAAUCAAGACCAGCUCGAAAGCAUUGCUGAUUCAAAGGAUCAAGUCUUCCCAGUAAGAGAAGGAUUUCAAGCUCUCCGAGGGAUAAUUAAUUCGAUACUGAAGCAAUCGUGCACGGAAAUCUUAAAUCUGGAACCCUCAAGCGUUUGUGUAGGAGAGGAGUUCCAAGUCGUUCUCAGCGGAACAGGAUUCACGUUGGGUAGGACACGCGAUAGCGUCGUCUGCAGUUUUAUGGUGAAUGGAACAACCAUGAAUGUAAAACCAGAAAAAGUGGAAUCUAAUUUCAUGCUCUGUCCGGCACCCAUUCUCCAUGAGGUUGGACAAACAAUGGAUGUGUUUGUCAGUUUGAACCAAGGGCAGUCGCUCAUUUCCAGCUCUUUAACCAUUACGGCAACAAAAUGUACCAAUGGCAUUGUGGCACUGAUCAUUAUCCUCAUUUUGUUACUGUUGAUGGCGAUUGCUGCUCUAUGGUGGUUUUGGCCUCUGUGUUGCAAAGUGGUUAUUAAGGAUCCUCCUCGACCCCAGCCUUCAGCUCCAAUAGAGGAAGAAGAAGAUCCUUUGCCUUCCAAAAAAUGGCCGACAGUGGAUGCUUCCUACUACGGUGGACGAGGAGUUGGUGGGAUUAAAAGAAUGGAGGUUCGUUGGGGUGACAAAGGGUCAACUGAGGAAGGAGCCCGGCUAGAGAAAGCGAAAAACGCAGUGGUGAAACUGCCCGAGGAAGGAGAUGAGCCGAUUCUUAAUAGACCACCAAAACCAAAGCCUACCUCAUUGCCCUCCCAGGAAAAAUGGUACACACCUAUUAAGGGUCGACUUGAUGCCCUUUGGGCUUUGCUAAGGCGGCAGUAUGACAGAGUGUCUUUGAUGCGACCGCAGCAAGGAGAUGAGGGCCGGUGCAUAAAUUUUACCAGAGUGCAGUCUCAGUAAAACAAGGAGAGAGGGGGGGAAAAAAUGAAAAGCCAUCAUUUUCUUCUUAUUAUUAUUAUAACCAAAUGAAGACAUUGAGUGAAGCACUUCUAAAGAGAUCCUCAGAAUGACUCUUAGCUCCGAGUUUGGAAGUUUACUCCAUUUGGCUCUGCAAAAGUCAUCCACUGCCACGUUAAGCUCUUCCAUCUGCCAUUAUCUUUCAGCUUACUGCUUCAUACAGUAUUCCUUACAGUAUUAUACACUCUGCAAGUGGCCACAGGAAGAAUUUUGGCAUUGUGUGUCUAGUUUUCCACAGCACAGGAAACCACGAGCAAGUGCCUGAUCAGGUUGGCCUUUUCUGAUGUUAGCACUCAAAACUUGAUGAGCCUCUUCUCUGGAGUGCUCUUGUCUUAGGGCCACGAAGACGGAACUUAUUAUUUAAAUAUGAAUGUAUUUACCCCAGGGAGGAGAGCGAAAUUCCCACCGGGCUGGAAAAAAAACAACCCACACCACAGAAGGAGUUCAUUGCCCUACAGCGGUGUCAUCUCAUGGAAAUCUUUGAGUCUUGGUCCACGUUCCCCCCCGCUCUCCCACCCGGUUAGAUUGUGCCUUACGGGAAACCUCUGACUUUAAAAUCUUGUCACUUUGACGCUGCGCAGUACACAUGUACGACCAAACGCAGUCGUGGUGCCUCGAGGCAUUGGUGGCGAGCGAAACUUUUGCCCUCUAGUUUCCGAAGACACCUUUCUUCUACAUGAUGCACCCGGGACUAGAAGAAAAAUUAAUAGAGCGUUAUUCUCCAGGAAGACCGCCUGGAACCAAAGAUCUUGAGUGGAAAUCGAGGGAGCUCAGGCGUCGAGGGUUGUGCACUGCGCCUAAUUGUGUAUCUUUCCCCUUUUCUGCACUUGGUGCUCAGUAGCGCAUAAAAACAUUGUCCUUUGUAAACAUACGUAGUAAUUCUGGGGCUUAUGGAUUAUUGUAAUAGGAUGGGGAGGGAGGAAAAUACAGCCACCACAAAGCUGGCAUCUCAGGGUCUUUUUUUUUCUUUUUCUUUCUCCCUCUCUCUUUCUCUCUUUUCUCUUCCCUCCGCCUGAACCAUCGCCGAACCUCCAAGGGCUCUUCAACGUCACAAACCAGCAACUCUCUUUGCAUGAGAAUUUCAAAGUUUAAUUAAUAUAAUUAAAGGCAACAGCAAGCAGCAGCCUGUGAAGGUUUGGCUCAUCUUUUUUAUGCCUUUUGACAUUGAAUGACCUAUCCCCGUAAUGCGCAUUACUCAAUUUUGAGGGGCUACCAUGCUUUGGUGGAGAUUCAACAGUGGGACCAAGAGAAAGGGAGCUGGGGGAGGGAAGAAGGCAAGAUACUUCCUUUUUCCCUUCCCCCUUUCCAUUUCUACAGCAAAUGUGUAAUGUGCCAGCCACCAGGAAACAUUGACCAAGUAGGUAUUAUAAAUAUAUAUAUAUAUAUUUAUAUAUAUUUAUAACCUACCCCCCCCCAAAAAAGGGAGAAAAAGCAUGCCGUGUCACAUCGGCCAUGCCAAGCAGUGUUAGCGUAAAAGGGAGCUCUGUGGGGUGGGGGGUGGGAGGAAGGCAGCAGCUGAAGAAAAAGGCUCAAAUGAUCCAGUCACUUUCGAUACUGUACUUCAGAUGCAAAAUGGAUAUUCGAGGCGAAACCUGACAAAAUGCGCCUACUUUGAUGGGAACCGGUAUAGACAAUGACCAGUGGCUGGGUCAGUGGGAUGUCUCUCUGCAAGCAGGGAAGCUUAUCAAAUGACACUAAAAAUAAGUUCAACAACCAUCACGUUUGAGGGGAAAGGGAAAUAUUUCACGUUGGGCGGGCAUGCUUGUGCGCAAGAUGGAGAAGGAGAAGGCAUGCGUGUUGGUCUAAUUAUCCCUCCUUUGUUGCUUGGCACUGAAACCUCAAGGGGCAUGAAAUUAUUCCCUUGGCCGAUGACCAGAUUUGCCGCUGUCUCUGAGCAAGGCUUUCCCCCCACCGGGCAGCCCCCUUGCUGAUGAGGAAGGGCAUGCUGGAAGAGGUAGUGUUCUUUAGAUCGAAGAGGGUAUAAAAAUCUAAUGUGGUAGAAAAUGUUGGACAACCGUAGUCUUCUGCGCAAUCACUAUGGGAGGCACUGUCUGGCCACAAAUGUGAUAGAUAGAUAGAUAGAUAUUUAGGUCAAAAUGUUGAGGGUGGUGAAAGAAAUCGGGAAGAGAAGCUGUUAGGAUCAUGAAGGACUUGAGCUUCCCCUCAGUUGAGAUAGAUUCAAGCCAGAGAAAAGAAACCAUGUUUUUCAACAUCCUAGAACAUUAUCCCUUAGCUUGGUUGGUCUAAGGCAAGGAAUUUCCAACCUUGGCAACUUUAAAGACCCGUGGACUUCAACUCCCAGAAUUCCCCUGGGUGUGGAAAUGGCGGGCUGGGGAAUUCUGGGAAUUGAUGUCCAUAAGUCUUAAAAGUUGCCAAAGUUGGACGUUCCUGGUCUAAGAAAUCACUAGAGUUCACUUGAGAAGUCAAAUAUAAAAAUUGGAUGCAGUGCCAAAGAUCUGGGAGGUAACCAAGCUGGCAUCAUGUUUGGAAGAGGAACCCAGAGAAGAUCUGUGAAAUUCUAAUAUGGUAAGCUAAGCAUCUAGGCAAGUUCAUGUGGAGGAAUAGAAGAAUAAAUGUUGGUGAAGGAAAGUCACAUGCUCUACGCAAGGUAGAAAUUGAGUUCCUCACAGAUCUGUGUUGAAACUGGAGCUUUUUAACAUGUUCAUAAGUGGUGUUGGUUGAGAUUAGGCAGAGGACUGGUCAAAAUUGGGGUGAAAACCAAAAACUACUCUCUGUAAUCAACCAGGAAUGAAAGUUGAGGUCAACUCAAAGGUAUGGCAGCUGUGAAAAAGAUAAAUUCCAUUGUAGAGAUUAUCAACAAAAGGAUCGCAAAUGAAACUGUUAUACUGAAUUUAUACAAAUCUGUGAUAUAUUUGCAUCUGGAACGUGAUUUAGAGUUUGGGUUAUGAAGUUUGAAAAGGAUGUUGAUAAAGCUGUAGAAAGUGCAGAAGGUGGUAGCCAAAAUCUUCAGGGAGCUCUUAACACCUUAUGAGGAAAAGGUAGAGUGUUUGGGACUUUUUAGCUUAGAAAAAGUUGAGGUGUAUAAACCAUGCGAUGUGUAGAGGAAGUGAAAGGAGAAGAAUGUUAGAACCGGGAUCACCUAGUAAAUCUUAUUGGAAGGAGAUUUAGGAAAAAAAAGAGAUAGAAGCAUUUCUGGCAACAUGUAACUAAUCUAUGGGAUUCGUUACCAGAAAAGAUGGUGAUUUGCCAUCAACCGGUAUGGCUUUCAAAGGGGACUUUGAUAAGUCCAUGAAGUCUACCAAAGGUUAUCUGUCUUGAAGACUCCAUGUUGGAGAGGUCUUCCUUUAGAUACCAAUAAUAGGGAAAGAGUGAUGGGAGAAAGAUGCCACCCUGGGUCCUUCUCUGGAGCACCACUGAGUCAUCUGGUUGACUGACCAUUGCAAGGAAGCAAAUGCUGGACUAAGAAGGACCUUGUUCCAAAAUUGUUGGCCUUACAUUCUUGCCUAGUUUUGGCUUAAGAUGACCUUUCUCACCAAAAGCAUGUGAGAUAAAAGACUUAAGGUUCUACAUGCUUUUGUUCUUAAAGGCUGUUGCAUCUUUUAAAUGGAUUUAUUUGUUGUUAGUUGUAAAGUCGUGUCCGACCCAUCGCGACCCCAUGGACAACGUUCCUCCAGGUCUUCCUGUCCUCUACCAUCCUCUGGAGUCCAUUUAAGCUCAUACCUACUGUUUCAGUGACUCCAUCCAGCCACCUCGUUCUCUAUCAUCCUCUUCUUCUUUAGCCCUCAAUCUUUCCCAGCAUUAGGCUCUUCUCCAGGGAGUCCUUCCUUCUCAUUAGGUGGCCAAAGUAUUUGAGUUUCAUCUUCAGGAUCUGGCUUUCUAAAGAGCAGUCAGGGUUGAUCUCCUCUAGGACUGACCAGUUGGUUCACCUUGCAAUCCAAGGGAAAUGGAUUUAUAGUCUUCUCCAAUUAAUGGUUUCCACCACUGAAGCUGCCGUCCCAUACCGUUUUGUGAAGGGUAAGGAGGCAUGCCACAGGCUAACUCAGGGGAUUUCUGCUUAAGUAAUUCUGUAAAAUUGUCUGGUUGUACAGUGUGUUAAAUGUGGGGUUAGCAAUGGCAGUAACAGCACAAUAUGGCACCACCAUCUCCUGCAACUCUCAAAGGGUUUAGCUGAUAGCUUUCAAACCAGAUCCGCAGACUUCUGCAGUUGGGGAAGAAUAUAAAAUGAUAGAAUUAUUUGGUGUACAGAUCGCUUGAUAUCUGCAAUUCCUCACAUAACUUUAUUUAUCUGUGUGAUUUUUUAAAAAAAUUCUGCAAGAAUAAGGUAAACAUCAAAUCAUUUCAGUUUCUUACCCACUUCCUUUAGUUUUGGAUCAAUAACUUGGAAACCUCUGGUACGGAAUUUGAAAUUAAUUCAUGUUGCAUAUCAAAAAUAUUUCAAGACAAACGUUUAGAAAAAGGCUUAAUACAUUUUGUUACAGGGGAUAUUUAGUUCCUUCCUUUAUUAAAAGUAUAUUGCGAGAUUGCACCAAUCUCAAAAUAGAUAUAUUUACAAGGAAGGCAUUGGUUAGUGAGUUUUGGUAUUCAAACAGAUCAUAUAUAAAAUUGAUCAUAUGCAGUAUUUCCACCUUUAAGAAUUUCUAUUCUAAUUCUUUAUAUUCCUUUCUGUGGAACAACAAAGGUUUUUCAGGGUACAACUUUUCAUUAUUUAAUUCAACUGUUAAAAAUCAUUUAAACCAAUACAUCCUGACAUAAAUGAUUGCUAAUCUCAUUGUUGACUUGGAGAAAAAAAAAUUCAAGAUCUGUUUUAAAAAGGUUUUGGCUGUAUUUACCAAGUUCAUGUUCUGUCAGCUUUACUACAAGUAACCAAAGUAUUAUUAAAUUAAUAACAUAUAUUAUAAGAAUUAAAGCUAUGUAUUUAUACCAAU